AUGAAACGACAUGGGCGUCUGCCCCUCUUCAUCACCGGUGAAAACAGUAGCUAAUCAAAGCUAUUAGGGCUUAUAUAGGGUUUUAUAUCCCUAUCUAGUAUCUCUCACACACAAGCUUUUCUUCAUUUCCCGCCUAAGUUCGCAAUCAUCUUCUCUCCAUUUUAUGCUUUACUCUUCUUUCCCUUUCCGCUAGGUUUUCGAAACCACUGCCAAAAUCUACCAUGGUAUCUUCAAGGCAACUCCUCUCCAUUAUCGAAUCCUCUCUCCUAAGUCCGUCGCCUCCUUCACCGGCUCAAAGAAUCGAGCUCUUGCACGCCAUUCGCAGCUCCCUGUCAUCUCUCCAGUCUCUCCUUUCCUAUCCGCCUCCCAAACCAUCGGACCGUGCCCAAGUUCAGUCAAAAGAAGUCAGGCUGCCUGAUUCACCGCCAAUCUCGUUGGAUGAUCAGGAUGUACAGAUUGCUCUGCAAUUAAGUGAUGACCUCAAUCUCAAUGAAAUAGAUUGUGUUCAAUUGCUUGUUUCAGCAAACCAAGAGUGGAUUUUAAUGGGACGAGAGCGAUUGGAAAUUUUGCGCCUUGCAGCGGGACUUUGGUACACUGAGAGACGGGAUCUUAUAACAUCCCUCUUUAUGCUUUUAAGGGCUGUUGUGCUCGAUCAACAACUUGAAGCUGAUAUUGUUUUAGACAUUCAGAAGUGUUUGGAAGAUCUUAUCAAUGGUGGGCUUAGACAACAUUUCAUUUCUCUUAUAAAGGAACUCAAUCGAGAAGAACCUGCUGGUUUAGGUGGGCCUCUAUGUGAGCGCUACAUCAUUGACUCUAGAGGUACUCUUGUUGAGCGGCAAGCUGUGGUUCAGAAGGAGAGACAUUUACUCGGACAUUGCCUUGUUCUCUCUGUUUUGGUUGUGCGAACAAGUAAGCUGCUAAGGAUUUUCCUGAGUUGUCAAUGUCUUUCUUCCUUCAUUUCAUUUGCUUACUUUGCAUGAUAAUGGCUUAUAGUG